CCCUCACUCAGUCUGCCUCCCUCCCAUCUGAAGGAGCAUCUUACAGGCGGAUCAGGUGGCACUUUCCACCCAGUCUCAUCCUCCACCGCCUCACAAGAGGAAAGCCGACAGACGGCGUUUUCAAGUGCGCCGGGGAGUCUUUCUGUGCGCGUUUUUUCCCCCCACCUCUCCGGUCAACCAUGCUGGAAAUGUCGGACAUAGUGUGCGUUCUCAUCCCGCUGCUGAUGUUUGCGGGCUCAACCAUCCAGGCGGACGUGAAGAGUGUCAGAGAGGCGGAAAAAUCCGGGAAUUUCAUGGAGGACGAGCAGUGGCUGUCCACCAUUUCACAGUACAGCCGCAAGAUCAAGCACUGGAAUCGCUUCAGAGACGAGGUUGAGGAUGAUUAUGUGCGUUCCUGGGAUGAAAAUCAAGACGCUAAUGACAAUGUAGACACCACCAAGGACCCUUGUCAAAAGGUUAAGUGCAGCCGACACAAGGUGUGCAUCGCUCAGGGCUACCAGAGAGCUGUGUGCGUCAACCGCAAGAAACUGGAGCACAGACUAAAACAACCCGCUCUCCGAUCUCCUCUUGGGAACUGUCAGCCAUGUCCCAUCUCCUCGACUGGACCAGUGUGUGGAUCAGAUGGACACAACUACGCCUCAAAGUGCAAGCUGGAGCAGCAGGCGUGUCUCACUGGGAAAGCUCUGUCCCUGAAGUGUUCAGGUCUAUGUCCUUGCCCAACUACAUCACCUGCAUCCAGGGAGGGGAAACAUGAGAGCUGCACUGGGCAGGAUCUGUCUGAUCUCGGCGAGCGUCUGAAGGACUGGUUCCAGCUCCUGCAGACCAAUGCCAAGCAGAACAAUAACAGCAAGCAAGGAGCCAGAUCUCCUGCUUCCAGCCCUACGUCAGUGCUGGACAGGAGCCUGGUCGCCAGCUGUAAGGACUCCAUAGGUUGGAUGUUCUCCAAGCUUGACACCAAUAAUGACCUUUACUUGGAUCAGGCUGAGUUGGCCGCCAUCAACCUGGAUAAAUAUGAGGUCUGCAUUCGGCCAUUUUUCAACUCCUGUGACUCGUACAGGGAUGGGAAGGUUUCCACGGCUGAAUGGUGCCUUUGCUUCUGGAGAGAGAAGCCGUCCUGUUUAGCCGAACUGGAGAGGAUCCAAGUACUGGAUGGCGGGAAGAAAAAGUUUGGUCGAUUCAUCCCCAGCUGCAAUGAGGACGGCUUUUACAGGAAGCAGCAGUGUGACAGGGGCGAGUGCUGGUGUGUCGACCAGAACGGAGGAGAAGUGGCGGGGUCUCGGAUUCGCGGCAAGCCGGAUUGUGAUUCCGAAAUGACAUAUUCAGGGGAUUUUGGCAGCGCAGUUGGAUGGGAAGACGAGGAGGAGAAAGAAGCUGAGGAGACUGCAGAGGAGGCUGAGGAGGAGGAGGGAGAGGUGGGAGAGGUGGAUGAUGGGGGGUAUAUCUGGUAAAGGGUCAGUGUUCAGUCCGACCUCUCUGUGGGAGUAUUUUAACGUUACCAAAUACACACACAUAUAUAUACACAGCUGACAAUGGACAUGAGGAAGGCACUCCACUCAGUUUAACACUGCAUUAGAAAAACAUGAGGGAAAGUCAUUGAUUUGGAAGGGGAAUCAGAUAGAUCUGGGAGUGUUUAUUGUUGCAGGUUGUUCUUAUCUUUGAAAAGGAUAUAGGAGAUGUUCUUCAGACAUUCUGGGCCAGGAGUUAAAAAAUAAUAAGUCCUUUUAAUUGUGAAUCUUUGUUCUCUUUUGUUGUAUGUCCUUUAGAACUAUCUAUGAGCUGUUUUUAGCUGAUGCAUAAUGGAGAUUUUAAGAAGCUGCAGGUGCUUGUGUAAAAAAGAAAUCCACAUUGGGUGCAUUUCAGUAGUCUAGAAUGAAGUUUAUUUCUUUUUCUGAGUUAAGAUCAAAACCAAUUUGGGUUUUAGUUUGAAAGCUGCCCGUAAAAGAUAUCAGACCGCUCUAGAAUAUUGAAAAGCACCCUUUGGUUUUAUCCUUUUCACCUCAUAUGCUUUGGCUUAUAUGUGACAGUAGUGCUCUGUCUCAUUCAUGACAUAUUAAGAAGUUUUUUCACACAUCACUCCUUAGCUUGUAUAUAAUGUGUGCAUCAGAAGACAGAAUGUCACCUGCUGGUCAAUGCCUUGAAAGACUGGCAGCUUUACCGCUUAGCUGACAAGUGUACAUCGUAAUCUAAUGUGCAUUGGUUAUUGUGUUUAAUUAAAAAAAUGCGUCAAAUAAAAUAAAUCUUAUCUAUGUGGCUGGUCUGGCCACCAUUCUUCUGA